CAUUCCCAAAUGCUUUCUGAGCGGAAGGAGAAAGACAUAUUCUUUAACUACUUCUCUUCGUCUUGAUGAAUUUGUGAUCUACUGAAAUGGUUAAAGUGGGGGAAAAGAGAAGAUACAAAGUGCUUUAGGUGAAGGUACAAAUUACGCAUCAUUAACAAUGGUGUAAAUGAUUACAAGAAAAAGGUUACUGCACAGAAUUGUGCUGCCUGGUCGGUUUUGUGCUCUGUCCUGUUCUCCGUACUUCAAAAGAAGCACAUGGUAAAGUAGAAAGGGUUUCACUCCAAAUCCUUUUUGACAGAGCGUCCAGGUUUGAGGUCUCCAGGUAAAGGCUGAUCGUUACAGCGCCUCGGUUGGGAAGCACAUGGUCUGAAUCCGAAUGAACCCAACGGAGAGGAUCGACCCCAGCCGGCCCUCAGUCCGUAUUGCCCGCAGCAAACAGGUCAGGAAACCGUCGUCGGUCUGAAUUCCUAGCGUCGCUGAGCGCUGAGAAGCAGCAGAUGGUACUAAAGCAGGAAAAAUAAUUUCUGAUUCUUGCAGCGGUUCAGAGGACUUUGCCAUUGCUGGGUCUUCUCCUCGAUUUUCUUUCUGCAUUUUCACCUCUAAGUUUGCUGGUGAAAAAGUGCUAAAACCUGUCGAAGGGUCUCACAGCAAAACUUUGCAGGCAUUUUGGAGACCACUAGGGAAUCCCGGAUUUAAAAUGUUUUUCAUCUUGCCAGUCUCGCAUACCCUUUCCAAUCUUGCAUACUGUUUCCAAAUGUUCUUUCUCUCUUUUCUUUACAGGCUAUUGUGUAGAUUUUGUCACUGCAAUGGUCUUACAUCUGUAGAUUAUAGCUAAAUCAUAGCAUUAGAGCAGAGUAAGAAAUGAGAAAUAUCUUACUAUGCUGUUAAAAAGAAGGAUCAAAACAAUGAGGCUUUUCUGUUAAAGGACUGAAAGUGGAUCCAUUGGGUUUUUAGCAUUAACAGUGGAGGACACAACCUCAAAGAAAGGUUACAUUUAACAAAAAGCUUGAUAUUUCUACUGGCAGUUGUUUCCUUAAGUAAGAAAAAACAAUAAAUAUGAAUGUAUAUCCCAGAAUAUGACAUAAACCUCCUUAAUUAACAUCCAUUUUCUAUGGACUUAUUUAGGGAAUAUUUAAAAAACUAUUUUCACCAGUGAAACCUUUUUAGAUUUUUUUUUUCCCACCAGGUCCUGUUAGUAGAGUUUUGAUUUAAAAUUUAAGUACCAUCUAAAUAAGUUUCUGCUCUAUAAUCCUGAUUCUGAAGUGGAUGGUACUUAAGGACAUAGUAACACUUAAUUUUAUAUCCAUGUCCUCUGAUUCUUUCUGAAAUGAUAUCCUGUAGGAUUAUUUACAGCCGGUCAGUAUUUCUCUACCACAAUCUCCAUGUAGCGUGGAGAACACCGUGAAUUACUGUUGGUUUUGACAAAGUAUCUGUUCUAGGGGGGGAGUCUGCAUCUGAUAUCACUGAAAAGAUUAAAUCGCACAAGUUCAAGGUAUUUGAGUUCAUUUGGCUGAUAGGCAGAUUAAAUAUUACUGUUAACAGCUCCUGCUGAGGAAUAAGGAAAUAAUUCCACUGUUAAAUAAGUUACUUUUUCUUGGGGAAUAAAAUUUGACCAAAACUGAUGUCUGUGCAUCAGAGAUGUAGGGAUAAGCGGUUACGGUUGAAGCCACAGGACAAGAGGUAAACGAAUACAAAAUGAACUUUAAAGCCUGGGACAAAGGGCAAAACUUUGCAGCUUCACUCAGGCCACAGAAAUUCCACAUGGAAAAUAAUUUCAUCAAGAGCUUACCUACAAUUUUGUUCCUAUUUUGUGGAUAUGUUCAUCCUUUGUAAGAACAAAAAAGAAAAUUAACCUGUAUUUCAACAGUCACUCGCUUAACCUUAUAUUGAGUUUAGUAACCUGUGUUUAGUGGCUGAAAAAGGAAAAUCAAUAGAUGGACCCAGGUUUCGGAAUCAUCACCGGCCUCCGGGACUCCACGACGUCCCGCUCUGACUGCGGGCUCUUCCAGGCACGAGCCAGUUUUGUUUCCAUGUUUGAUAAUCUUCAUGUGCACUUACAAGAAGUCUCUAAAUAGCGUUAAAAUUUUUAAUGUUGAGCAUAGGUCUGAAGCAAUCUUCUAGGCUGCUGAAAAUAAUAAUAAUAGUAAUAAUAAUAAUAAUAUAAAAAGAGAGAAUGAAAAAAAGAAGAAUAGCAAUGGAAAGGAAGAAAGUAAUUGGACUUGAGAGCUUUUAGGAUCAUUAUGGAUUCAUAGCAACAAUUCUGCUAAUUUUCUUAUAUAGUCUAUAGCGUCUUCGUACAUCAUUUUCUGCCAUGAAGUUGUUGUUUAACUUACGGACUCUAAAAUCCUUGUGGACCCUGAAGCCUCCUAAUAGGACUUUCCAUGGACACCCCAGGCUGCUUGCCUCUGAUGUAUAUUCACAGUACGAGUCCGUCAGGCGGGGUGAACAGGAAAUACCAAAGUACUUUAACUUUGCAAGUGAUGUACUGGACAAAUGGUCUGAGAUUGAAAAGGCUGGAAAGAGACCAUCAAACCCUGCCUUUUGGUGGAUAAAUGGAAAAGGAGAAGAAGUGAAGUGGAGCUUUGAGGAGCUGGGCUUCCUCUCUCGGAAGGUGGCAAAUGUGCUGACUAAAGUAUGCGGACUGCAAAAGGGGGACAGAAUUGUUGUGAUCCUUCCACGAGUCCCAGAGUGGUGGCUGGUGCACGUGGCUUGCAUGCGAGCAGGAAUUGUCUUAAUUCCAGGAAUAUCCCAAUUAUCAGCCAAAGACAUAUUAUAUCGACUCCAGGCUUCAAAGGCCACGUGCAUCAUUACUGAUGACACACUGGCUCCUGCUGUGGACUCGGUGGCAUCUGAGUGUGAGUUUCUGAAAACCAAGUUAAUUGUGUCCAAAGGCAGUCGGGAGGGAUGGCUGAACUUCACUGACCUGUGCAAAAACCAAUCUGCUGACCAUUCCUGCAUCAAAACAAGGAUUCAGGACUCACUGAGUAUCUUCUUUACCAGUGGAACCACGGGUUCUCCAAAGAUGACUGAACAUUCCCAGGGUAGUCUUGGUUUCAGACCACUUUUAAGUGAAAGGUACUGGUUGGAUUUGACUCCAUCAGAUGUGAUAUGGAGUACAGCAGACACAGGAUGGAUACUAGCUUCGCUGGCAUCUGUUUUUGAUCCCUGGGUUUUUGGAUCAUGCAUCUUUAUACAUAAGCUCCCACAGGCUGCAUCAGCAGCCAUCCUAAACACUCUCUGCAGAUUCCCCAUUGACACGCUGGUUGGCGCUCCAACAUUGUUCCGCAUGCUGGUGCAAAAUGAUCUCUCCAACUACAAAUUCAUGAACCUGAAGCGCUGCCUGAGUGGAGGGGAGCCACUCAACCCAGAAGUCAUGGAGCAGUGGAAAAGCAAGACUGGGCUGGACAUCCAUGAAGUGUAUGGCCAGACUGAAACGGGAAUAAUCUGCUCUGUUUUUAAAGGAAUGAAGAUUAAACCUGGAUUAAUGGGGAAGGCAGCUCCCCUUUAUGAUGUUCAGAUCAUAGACAAAAACACUAAUAUUCUGCCUCCUGGACAACAGGGGGAAAUUGCUGUCAGAAGCAAACCUAUAAGACCACUUGGUUUAUUCUCUGAAUAUAUAGAUAACCCUAAGAAAACCGCAGAAAGUGAACGUGGGGAUUUUUACGUCACUGGAGACAGAGGGAUUAUGGAUGAAGAUGGAUAUUUUCAGUUUAUUGGCAGAGAGGAUGACAUCAUCAUUUCUUCAGGAUAUCGCAUCGGGCCAUUUGAAGUAGAGAGUGCCCUGAUAGAGCACCCAGCGGUAGCAGAAACAGCUGUUGUCAGCAGCCCCGAUCCCAUCAGAGGAGAGGUUGUGAAAGCAUUUGUUGUCCUGUCCCCAACCUUUUCAUCCAGUGACUUGGAGAGCUUAACCUGUGACUUGCAGGAGCACGUCAAGAAAACUACUGCUCCAUACAAAUACCCUAGAAAGGUGGAGUUUGUCCAAGAGCUGCCAAAGACAGUCACUGGGAAGAUCAAGAGGAACGAAUUAAGAAACAAAGAGUGGGGACGGAUGUAGCAUUGUCUGGAACUUAACAGAACUUCUUUCAUUCCAUUAACACUAUAUAAAUGUCUCUGAUAUAACUGCUCUCCUUCUGAUCUAUUUCUAUUAAAUGCCUGAGCAUCAAAAACUAUAGAUAACACCAAGAUGUGAUGUUUGCGCCUGCUUGCAAGGCUUCUAAUGUCAGUACCGUGGUUUCAGUUCCUGAAGCACUGCUGGGAAAUGGAACAAACCAUACAACUCCAUUCUAGUUCUGAAUGUCCACAGGUUCACCAGAAUUUGGGUGGUGACCCAUCUCUUUUAGAUAGCAUCCAAGAUCAGUGAAGAGAUGUUGCUGAUAUCGAUUGUCUAGCUCCAAGCUGCAGAAAAGGCGGGUGUGGAUUUGAGUGGUUCAAGUGCUCUGUCCUUAAAUGCAGCAUGUUUAAACCGAACGCAGCGCCCUCUCAUUUACUGAAGAUGCAAAGACUCCUCUUUAUGACCCUCAUAAACCCUUCUGGUUUAAUACAUGCAUUGGUGACAAGCAGUGCCAGCUUCUCCUGUGCUUUAUCCACAAAUAGUCUCUCAUACAGAAACAGCUUCGUUGCUCGCCCUCUGUCCUGAUCUUCGCGCACACAAUAGACAAAACUCCUGUACCACUUCUGGUGGUCUUUAAGGUGAGGUUUGCUGUUGGGCAGGUGACCCAAUUUACAGAACAGACCAUGGAUCUUGCCAUAGUAGAUGCUGGCUACAGGACCAGUCUAUUUCUGCAGCCACUUAGAGGUGAAACCAGUGAAAAAACUCCCUUGAUCUGGUUUGGAUGGGACGAUCACGUCUCUGUUUAACAUUUAGCUCUCAGCUUUAUGAGGAAGCACGUACUGUAGUGUACGUACCCUUACUUCGUACAGUUGCACAUGCAAUAGUGGGCCAAGCUUUCAGGCUGUAUCGGUUCUUAGCUCUUCAUCCUUGGGUUUUUUUCAUUUUGUGUGCUCAAAGAAGAUUUCAUUUUCUGGCCUGAAUUUUCAUUAUUUGACAAAAACAUCCUUGGAGCCCUCUUCAUUAAAUAAGAAGAAAUUGCUGGAGAAGAGUAGCAUCUUUACGCAAGAAAAAAGGUCUUUUAUGGCUGUGUCUCACUGCCUGGAGUUCUGUGUCUACUGCAGCUAUAAAGUGAGAUUUAGAGAAUUCUAAUUUUGAGAAAGUAGAAUAUUUUGUUUCUUGAGAGUAAACACUUCGCUUAUGUCAGUGAAACAAUUCCUGUACUAGCAACUGCUGAAAUGAAAGCAAUUGUCAAUAAAUACAAUGUUGACUUCA